AUGCGUCUCAAAGAGUUGGAAAGUUCUCUUCAAGAUGUUGCCGUAUUUGAUAGUCCAAAAAUUAAAUUAGAACAGUAUUGUACAACACCACACCUCGCUGCACGUAUGAUUUUCACUGCACAUUCCAAUUACGACGACAUUGAAGGCAAGACUGUUGCAGAUUUUGGCUGUGGGUGCGGCAUUUUGAGCUAUAAUUUAGCACUAGAUAUCGAUUCAUCAGCUCUUUGUAUUGCGCAGAAAAACUGUUCAAAUGAUAAUGUUAAUGUGGAUUUUAUACUUACUGAUCUCACGUUAGACCCAUUAUGUCGGUGGAAAAAUAAUGUAGACACUGUUGUUAUGAAUCCUCCGUUUGGAACGAAAAACAACAAAGGCAUAGACAUGUUAUUUCUAAAAAAGGCUCUUGAGGUUGCAGCAACUUCGGUAUAUUCUUUACACAAAAGUUCUACACGAGAGUACAUUCUCAAAAAAGCUCAAGACUGGAAUGUCGAAUGUGAAGUCCUUGCUGAAAUAAAG